GAUCACUUCCGGAAGCGGAGACCCCGUAUGUUCGAAAAAACGAGAUCUGGAGCAGGCUAGUCUUCUCACUGCUUCUUAACAAUAUCCAGGGACACUAUGAGCACAGAAGACCUCUUAUCAGUGGAUUAUGAAGUUUUUGGCAGAGUGCAAGGCGUAUUUUUCCGGAAAUACACCCAAGCACAGGGGAGGAAGCUUGGCCUGGUGGGAUGGGUCCAAAACACAGACGCAGGAAGUGUUCAGGGGCAGCUCCAAGGCCCACGCAGCCAGGUGAAAGAAAUGCAAGAAUGGUUGAAAUCCACCGGGAGCCCCAAGUCACGCAUAACCAAGGCAGAGUUCAAGAACGAGAAGAAAAUUGAUGGCCUAGAACACUCAUCUUUUAACAUAGUAAAAUAAAAUAACCAAUAGAUUAUACUAGUAAUAUUAACCUUGACACAGAUGUUUUAUUUAUUUAUUUUAUUUUAUUGGAAUGCAGCACAAGUAGUGAAAUGAACAGAUGUGUUUAUGUUUCUCCUUAACAUCUACACGAUGGUAUAAUAAAAACGAAAUUCCU